AUGUCUCUACACAGGCUGAAGCCUGAAACACCAAGUUCCAUUUUUGAGGAUGACCCAUCAAUCAAAACAACGAGGAAACCCAAAAGAAAACUUCUCCGAAUCAUAAUCACAGACCACGACGCCACCGAUUCCGAUUCCUCAGGCGAUGAAGUGACAGAGAAAAACAACCAAAGAACAACACGAAGAAAACCAAAAAGAGAAGUCCUUGAAAUCAACAUGCACCAUCCCGUAUUAGAUUCUUCUUUCUCGUUCUCUUCUCUUUCAUCAUCUUCAUCUUCUCUUGCAUGCUCAGAGAAAAACCACAAAAAGUACAAUAGAGUUAAGAAAGCACCAACCUUGUCUGUCACGCGCCACCGCAACAAGUUCCGUGGAGUAAGACAACGGCCAUGGGGAAAGUGGGCCGCUGAGAUCCGAGACCCGGCCCAACGGAAACGUCUCUGGCUUGGAACGUUUAACUCCGCCGAAGAAGCCGCCGCCGAGUACGACAGAGUUGCUGUGAUGCUGAGAGGUCCUGACGCCGUCACCAACUUUCCUAUUUUACCGGCGAAGGUGGAAUUGGAAACUGAAGUACCAUCGCCGGUGAAUGGCAGAGAUGACGGCGGAGCUGGUUACUCCGACGCUUUGGCUUCGCCAACGUCUGUUUUAACCUACGACUGUGAUUCGACGCCGUUUGACUGUUAUCGUUACGGAGACGUGGACGCUUUUGGGUUCCACAUUGACGCGCCGUUAAGUUUGCCGGAAGUUAACGGUUCGCUGACGUGUCAUCCGAAGUUGGAAAAAGAAGAGUCGUUUGAAGAGUUUGAUCUUGACGAGUUUAUGACGUGGCCAUAG